CCUUUUCAUUUCAUGCAAAAGUGCUUGUCAAAGAUCAUCUCUAAUACGGAAGUGCUCUAGUGUUUUUUGUAUUCAAAACAGAGGAUGGUUUCGGCAUAUAAAGGAUCUUUGAUUAGUGUUUUUGUACUAAGCCCUCAAAAGAGAAGUGAUCUUAAAGAUACUGAUCAAAGAUCCUUUAUAUGACAGAAUCAGCUGCUGUUUUAAGGACCUACUGCAAGAACUACGAUCUGCUCGUCAAAGAUCUUCUAUAUGGCAGGAGCACAUUGCCUGUGUUUUAAGCAAACAUUGUGUUGUCGUUUGUGAGUCACAAGUUGUCUAACUUCUUGCCGUUGAAUUCAUGAUUUCCACAAACGUGUUUGUGAAUGUGUUUGUGAAUGUUCUACAAAAUGUUGUUGAUGUUCCAGUCAGGACCUUCCUGUCCAAUCAGCAUCCUCUCCCUUGUCCAGCCUGCAGUCAUUGGACGCCUCCAGCGACCCCCAGACUGUGACCUCCUGACAGAGCAGCGAGUCGUCAUGAUUUUUUUUCUCAGCCGUGAGGAGUCGGCGCGGAGACGGCGACGUGUUGCUUGGCGACGGACACUGGGCAAUUCCCCAAACAGACUUCACCACUCCUUGAGCCGGGCAUAAUUGCUGCAGGUGUGCGUAAUUAACUGGCCUAUUUAUCCACACCUGCACGGGCAGGAAGGCACUGGCUGAUUAGUCUUCGUGACACAUGUCAGGACCUCGGAUUCAUGCUGUGGAUUCUUCUCCUCAAUUCCACUUCCUGUAUGACUUUUCGCCUUCCUUCCGACCCAGGGUAAAAGAAUGGGUGGACCAGAUGCAAAAGGACUUGAUCACGCUAACAGACAAGGCGAGCGGCGUCCAUAGUCUCAUUAAGAUCUAUCAGGACCACCAAACACACUUCAGCGUGGAGUCCAACGACGCCCGGCAGCUGGUGGCCACAGCUGCCGGGAACAUUGAGAAGUUGCUGCAAAACCGCGCCAAGGCCCUGAAAAGGCUGGCAACAGAUGCGGAACUCUUCCAAAUGGAGCACGAAUGGCAGGACAACAGUGAGGCUGAUAAAAUGGCAUACUACAAUGCCAAAGAUGAUCUCAACCAGACGGAGAAGAAGAACCGCUAUGUCCCUGAGGACUUCCACGUAGAUCCGGACUUCAAGCGCCUGGUGUCGUACAACACCACGGCCGUCCACAUCCCCACCGACAUAUACGAAGGCUCCACCAUCAUCCUCAACGAGCUCAACUGGACCGAGGCCCUAGAGGACGUCUUCCGUAAAAACAAGGAGGAAGACCCGUCUCUCCUGUGGCAGGUGUUUGGUUCCGCCACGGGGCUGGCCCGCUACUUCCCAGCAUCGCCCUGGAUCGACUCGAGCAAAUCAGCCAAUAAGAUUGACCUCUACGAUGUACGCAGACGGCCAUGGUACAUCCAGGGGGCGGCCUCACCCAAGGACAUGCUAAUCCUGGUGGACGCGAGCGGCAGCGUGUCGGGUCUGACCCUCAAGCUGAUCCGAACGUCCGUCAGCAAGAUGCUUGAGACGCUGUCCGACGAUGACUAUGUCAACGUCGUCUAUUUUAACAACGAAGCCACGCACGCCGCCUGCUUCGAGAACCUGGUGCAGGCCAACGUGCGCAACAAGAGGAUCCUGAAGGACGCUGUGCAGGGCAUCAGUGCCAAAGGAACCACCAACUACAAGGGGGGCUUCGAGCUGGCCUUCAAGCAGCUCGCCCAAGUGAACGUGUCCCGGGCCAACUGCAACAAGAUCAUCAUGCUCUUCACCGAUGGAGGCGAGGAGCGUGCUGAGGAGAUCUUUGAGAAAUACAACCCAAAACAAGCUGUGCGCAUUUUUACAUUCUCAGUUGGGCAGCACAACUAUGACAAGGGGCCCGUACAGUGGAUGGCGUGCACUAACAAAGGUUACUACUAUGAGAUCCCUUCCAUUGGUGCCAUCAGGUUGAACACUCAGGAGUACCUUGAUGUUUUGGGCAGACCGAUGGUCAAAGCGGACCGAAAGGCCAAGCAGGUCCAGUGGACCAACGUGUACCAGGAUGCUCUGGAGCUCGGACUGGUCAUCACAGGAACGCUUCCUGUCUUCAACAAGACCAACACCGGGUCAAAGAAAUCUCAGAACCAGCUCAUCUUGGGUGUCAUGGCCAUCGAUGUCUCGCUGGAAGACAUCAAGAGACUCACGCCACGCUUUACUUUUGGACCAAAUGGUUACUACUUCGCCAUCGACCCCAACGGAUACGUGCUGCUCCACCCUAACCUCAAACCACCGACGGCUGAGUUUCACGAGCCUGUCACGCUGGACUUCCUGGAUGCUGAGCUGGAGAACGAAGUCAAAGUGGAGAUAAGAAGGAAGAUGAUUGAUGGUCUUACAGGGAAUUAUGCAAUAUCUGCUCUGGUCAAAUCGCAAGAUGAGCGCUACAUAGAUCUGGGUCAGAGGACCUACACCUUUGCACCAGUGAAGGGUACGGAUUACAGUCUGGCGCUGGUGCUGCCUGAGUACAGCUCACAUUACAUCCGAGCCACCAUUGGCGACACCAUCACCCAAGCCAAAUUUUCUGAGAGUCUGCUGGCUGACAAGUUUGAUGAAUACGGCUUCACGCUCAUAGCACCGAGGGUGUACUGCAAGGACCUGAAGCUGCCCGACAAGGACAAAAGCAAUACGGAGUUCCUCAUGGAGUUCAACAAUUACAUCGACACCAAGACCCCCAACAACCCCAUGUGCAAUGUGGAGCUGGUGAACCGAUUGCUCCUGGAUGCUGGCAUCACUUCAGAUCUCAUCAAGAUUUGGAAAGAGAAUAAGCUGCCGCACGGUGUCACAGCCAGAUUUGUUGCCACCGAUGGAGGGAUCACCCGGGUAUACCCCAAAAGUGCGGGUCUGAACUGGAAAGAGGAGGCGGAAACGUACGAGUCCAGUUUCUACAAGCGCUGUUUGGACAACGACCUGUACAUCUUCACUCCGACGCUGUACCUUAAGGACAACACGAGUGACGACUCUGUCCUUGUGAGCAGAGCGGUCAAGUUCAAGAUUGACAAUAAGCUCCUAAAACCAGCGGUGGUGGGCGUCAAGUUAGACAUCAGCACCUGGAUGGCCAGCUUCAUCAACACCACGCAGAAGACCAAUUGCACAGAUGAGAUCUGUGGCUGCCAGCGGAACGAUGUGUAUGUAGACUGCGUCAUUCUGGAUGAUGGCGGCUUUCUGGUGAUGUCCAAUCGGGACGAAUACGUCGAUCAGAUCGGGCGCUUCUUCGGAAUGAUCGACCCCAUCCUGAUGAUCAACCUGGUCAACUCCUCUCUGUUCACCUCCAAGAAGUCCUUCGACUACCAGUCUCUGUGUGACCCUGAGAAGGAGACCAAGGCGGCGGCGGGCCUGCGAUCUGUCUAUGUGCCCUCCAUUGCUGAUAUUCUGAGUGUCGGGUGGUGGGCCUCUGCUGCAGCCUGGUCAAUCCUGCAACAGUUGCUGGUCAGCAUCACGUUCCCAAAUUUUCUGGAUGCAGCCGACACGGACGAGGACAUCGACAUCAUGCACAAGGAAGUGUGCAUCACCGAGCAAACGCAGUACUACUUUGAGACCGACAACCCUUCCUUCAAAGGCACUGUGGACUGUGAAAACUGCUCCAGACUUUACCACGCCGAGAAACUUCCCAACACAAACCUGGUCUUCGUCAUCGCCGACGCCAAACUCACCUGCUCGUCAUGUGACAGCAAGCCGCUGAUACAGGAUGAACAGCAGUCUGACGGACCGGAUGCAUGUAAGAUGGCCCAGAAUCCUCGCUACAGGAAAGGCCCCGCCGUCUGCUUCGAUAACAACGAGCACGACGAGGCCCUGUGCCGGCGCAGCGCUGGCUCCCCGUUGGCGUCGUCUGCGCUCAUGUUACUGCCGCCACUGUUCUUGUGCUUUGCCGGGAGGAAGACCCCGACUGUGGCGGGGCGACCGGCCUGAGCCCUUCGCUGUGGCUGAUGGUGAUUCUUCAGCUGGCUCUUCUCUGGGUCCCGACCGGCUCCAGACAUCACGGCGUACCGUCUUGACCUCCCGAUCGCACCGUCCGUCAACACCGUCUGCCGCCGCCAUCUUUCUACCAGCAUGCGACGCCGCCUCUCGACAGUUUUCUUUUUUUAGCCGGAAGAAGCCUUCAGUGGACACUUUGGAUUGUUGACCUCAGUGAUGGACGAGCUGGUGCUAACUUGAGGACUUAAGAGUUGUUCGAUUCCUCGCUGCCACAAGCAAACAUUUUUGUUUGGAAGACAUCAAUAGUGGCGAGCGUUGUUGGUUUAAAGCAAGGUAGACGACUACCACUGAGCGCCACCGUGUUCCACAAACCUCCUAACCCUCCAAAGUUCUUCCCUGAAUCCUCAGCCUCUGAAUUUUGAUGACUGCCACCGUGCGCAUGAACCAAUCAGAAAGAAGCUGACGGAAAUAUCUCUAGUGCCAUCUGCGACGCUUGUUAGCUUUUGAUUUAUUGGAUUAUUUAUUAGAAAAUUGAAGAAAGCAAACGCUUAAGAUUUGAUUUUGAAACAAUGAUCUGCACUUUGUGUGUUUUGCUACUGAAGUCCUUUCGUCUUUUUGCCUACUGGCAGAACGAACAACAAAACUCCUUAAAGGUCCCGUAUUACUUUUAAAAAUAUAUGUAUUUUACAUAAGCGGUGCCACAUUAACCAAAAAUGAUCAAACUUACAGCUCCCCCAUAUUUAGCAGAGUAAAAAGAGUUCCAUUUUAAGAUAUGUAGCAAAGCCUACUGUGUACAAUACGGAAGGGAUUCAUGUGGCCCCAUUCCUGGGUGGAUCUCGUGUAAGAGGAAGGGGGCUGGGGAAGUAAUUGUGCAAUGCAGUCUGCUGAAAAUGAUGGAAAGCGCCACUCUACAUAGCAACUGACGCUAUAGUCAAAGUUGGAGUUGCAACAAAACACAUUUUUGGAUAUAUAACACUGGUGUGCCCAAUUUGUCACAUUUUAUGUGUCAGGUAAACCUUACUGAAUGAGGACAUGUGAAUCUUCUUUCUAGUGUAUUUCAUUUGAUGUUGGUAUUUAUGGUAAACCUCCCAUAUAUACAUUUUCAAAGGCCCCACAAAAAGUAUAUUGGAAUAGAGACAGUUAAAAAGUGCUUUUAGUAAGCCUGACUGGGAACACGUGUUGUGUGUCUGUAGCUUUAAUGCUACCGAGCUUUCUGCCACGGACUAUGGCUGCCUCACAAGACAAUUUUAUAGGUAUGAACCUAAAGCCAUAGAUAUUGUUACUUGGCGCUAUCUUUCUAGCAUGCUAACUAACGACUAUUUUGAUUGUCGACCAUUUAAUCUUUGACCGUUUUUGCGAUUAGUCGACUAAUCGGAUUAUUCAGUGGCUUCAAUUUAGCCGUCGGGUUUAAAUUCAGCUUGAGAUAUAUUUUUAGGCAUGUGCUAAUUAACAAUAACGACAAUACAAAUGACUUUGUUCAGAAAUAUUUAUUAUUAUUAUUAUGAUUUAGUGUUAUUGUAUGGAUGCCUUUUUCUGCGCUACAAAAAAAUACCCCAAUGGUAAGUCUAAAUAAUGAGGUAAAGAGUCAUGAUUAUAAUGUAAAAAGUCGAAAUUUUGAGCUAAAAAUGAAUAAUUAUGAGGUAAAAAAUUUAAAUUACGAGAUAAGAAAGUCAUAAAUAUGAAAUAAAAAAUCGAAAUUAUAUGAUUAAAAAGUCAUAAUUACAAAAAAAAACUUUCAUUUAUGAGAUAAGAAAGUUGAAAGUGAGUCAUAAUUAUGACAAGUAAAAAUUAUGAUAUAAAAGUCCUAAUCAUCAGACAAAAAGUCAAAUGUAUUAGAUAAAAAGUCAAAUUUAUUAGAUAAAAAAAAAUCAUAAUUAUGAGAUUAAAAAAAAUCGAAAUUAUGAGAUUAAAACUUGAAAUUAUGAAAGUCAUAAUUAUCAGAUAAAAAGUCGAAAUUAUGAGAUUAAGUCAUAAUUAUGAGCUGGAAAAGUCAUCAUGCAGCAUAGUCGGUCAUAAUUUCGAGUUUUUAUCUUACUAUGAUUUUUUUUAUCUCACGAUUUCGACUUUUUAUCUCAUAAUUAUGAUUUACUAUUGGGGAAAUAAGAUUCCAUAUUAUUAGGCAGCUAUGAAAACAAAAAAUACUAAUGAACUUUUGUCCAUUUAAAAGCAAGCUGUGAACUGUACCACACAUUUUCUUUGGACUGCAAAAACAUAUGAAUAAGGAAAGAAGACAUUUGACUGCAAAAGUUAACAAUCACGCUUUUAAACUAAAAUACGUCGUCAAAAUAAUCAUCAUCCACACAAUGUUAAUGUUCUUGGUUUUAGAAAGAUGCGCACAGUUAUAUACAAGCUUAUUUAAGGGACUUUUAGUCAAAUGAAAGUUGUGAGCUAGCGAGCUAUCUUGGCAGGAGAGUCAGAGGUUCAACAUGCCAAAAUGCUUCGUCAUCACAUAAAUUAUCUUUGAAAAUUGAGAAAUGUCACAUUUUAACAGCAACCUCAUGCUAGCUUAACUGAUUCGUUAAAAAAAACCACAAGACCGUAUUGAUGUCAUUUUAAGAUUCAAAAGCAAGCGUUUGAGCGCCUCUUCUCUCAAAUGUGUGGAUUUUUCUUACGUUUGUUUUCAUAAACACUUUAAAAACGUCACUAUUUGUGUAAUCGGGACCUUCAAGAUUUGUGCCUUUUGGCUGGUAAAUUUGUGUUCCAUUCGUUCUCAACAGAGUCCGACACCUGUCGCCGUUUGGAAGCGGGACUUUAUUGGUCUCGACUCGCAGUCCAAAUUUUGUUGUUGUUGUUUUUUUUACAGCUCUGCUUGUUUUAUCGACUUCUUCUUCAGGCUGAUGUAGCAAAACCCCAGCCGCUGACAUACUAACAAGUGGAGCACUUUAUACUUCCGCCAUAACUUUGUUGUCGAUCACUGACUAAAGAAAGAAACAAGUGCCAUACAAACCUGUAUAGUUUAUGCAAGGUGAUGAUGAUCAGCGGUUACUGCCUUUUGUUGUUGUUGUUGUUGUUGUUGUUCCUGCGAGGAGACAGCAUCUGACGUUGUUUUGUUGGGGAACCAACUGCAAUGUUGCGCUACCAAAAGUGUGAAGGGAAGGGAAUACCUUUCAGUGCUAAAAUCCGAUGCUGUCCCCUCUGGAAUCUUUUUUAAAUGCAUCAUGUUGGUUGGCCUUCUAAUUUCUGGUUUCUUGUGUGCACGAUAAAAAAAAAAGCCUGUAGAUUUUAGGGUAAAAAACAAACAAAAAACUGGCAGCUCAGUUGCCAGAAUUUUACAAUAAAAUUUACGGUGGCUUUUACAGUGCAUUACUGUAAAUGGAAAAAUGGUACCACUUUUAUAUUUUAGUCAGAUUCUCACGACUGAACUGCCAGUUUUUAUCAUACCAUUUAGUCGUUUUUUGGGGGCUUUUUUUUACAGUGACUUUUUUUAAAUUGAAAAACAGUAUCACUGUUAUUUUUACAGUGAAAUUUAGAUUGUUUUUUCUACCAUAAAAUCGACAAUAAUUUUACAGUGCAUUACUGUAAAUGCAUAGACAGUAAUUUUUAUAUUUCCAGUAAAAUUCUGGCAACUGAUUUUUAUCGUAAAAUUUAGUCUUUUUUUUUUUUUUUUUUUUUUUUUUUACAGCGAAAUACUCUAAAUUGAAAUACGGUACCACUGUUUUUUUUAAUAGUUAAAUUGAGAUUCCUUUAACCAUGGAAUGUACAAUAUUUUUACAGUGCAUUACUGUAAAUGGAUAAGCAGUAACUUAGCUGACUGAGCUGCCAAUUUUUGACUGUAAAAUUCAUUUUUACAUUGAAUUGCUGUAAAUUGAAACACUGCCGCUGUUUUUUUUUUUAAGGGUGAAAUGUUGGCAACAGCAUUUCCAGUUCUUAAAACCGUAAAAUAUACAGGCUUUUUUUUCAUUUUUUUUAUUUUUACAGUUAAUUACUGUAAAUUGGAAAAAGUGCCACUAUAAUUUUUUUCUGUCAACUGACCUGCCACUUGUUUUGUUUUUUAACCAUAAGAUAAACAAGUAUUAUUUUUAUAGCGAAUUACUGUUAAUUGAAAAACGAUACCAGUGUUAUUUUUACAGUUAAAAUUCUGGCGACCAAGCUGCCAGGUUUUUCUUUUUUAACUAUAACUCUCGGAUCUUUAGUUUUACAGUACAUUACUGUAAAUUAUAAAACAGUACCAUAUUUAUUUUUACAGUAAAAUUUUGAUGACUGAGCUUCCAGUUUUUGGCCGUGAACUCUACACAUAUAUAUCAUUUUUAUUUAUUUUUUAUUUUUUUCACAGCGUAUUACCAUAAAUUCCGAAAAGGUACCACUUAAAUUUUUACGGUAAAAUCCUGUGUUUUUUUUACCCUAAAAUCUACAAUUAUUUUUUAUUAUGUACUGUAAAUAGAAAUGUGAUGACACUUUUUUUUUUUUACAGCAAAAUUCUGUUGACUGAACUGCCAGUAAAAUCUAUGGUUAUUUUUUACAGCAAAUUACUGUAAAUUGAAAAAGGGUACCACUUUUAUUUUUACGGUAAAAUUCUGCCGACUGAGCUGCCAUUUUUACUCUAAAAUCUGCAGUUGUUUUUAGUGUGUGCGUGUGUAUGUGUGUGUGUGUGUGUGUGUGUGUGUGUGUGUGUGUGUGUGCGCACGCACGCACAUGUGUGUGUGUGUGUGUUACCUUCUAGAAGCGUCUUGGCUGUCCUCAAUUUAAGACCAUGUCCACAAGGGUAUUUUUUGAACAAGUCACCUAAAAACUACAAGUAGUCCAUGUGAAAGUACAUUUUAAAGGAACAGGUGGCACCAUAACCCCUUAACUAUUUGGCAGUUCUGUCUUCAAUGGCGCCCUCUGCCCACGUUUUGGGCGCAAUCGUUGCGAUGCUGCCCACGUGUCUCAUAUCUAAAACCAGUGCUGAUGGGAAGCAACAAUGGAGGGUGUGUGGACAUGGUCUUAGCCUCCCACGAUUGUGCUUUAAAAUGUUACACUUAAGUAGAAAUUGUAGGAACAAAAAUUGUACAAAACCAAAGUGGAAAAAGUGUGUUCAUCCAUGUGCAAAUAUUGGGAAUAAAAAUAUAUUCCAGCUACUCGA